AUGGAUUCGAAUCAAACAAAACAACUUCAAGAGUUGAUCAAAUGGACAAAAGAACAUAUCAAAGACAGUAAUUAUUCCGAAUUGACCCAUAACAUUACACCAGAAGAUAAGAAAAAAGUAAGAUUUCAGAUAUUAGUUGCUACAUUGAUCAGUGCAAGAACGACUGAUGCUAUUGCUGAUGCUGCAUUAAGCAAUCUAUUGAAAAUAGAAGGUGGUUUAUCAUGCGAAAACAUGUUGAAAACAGAUAAAAGUGUUAUUGAGGAAUGUAUUACAAAGGUUAGCUUCAGAAAAAGGAAAGCACAGAAUAUUAAAGAUAUAUCUAAAACAAUGCUCGAAAAAUAUGAUGGUGAUAUCCCUAAAACAAAAUAA